UUCCAACCUGGUCUCCUUCUGUAGAUAACCUUGACUAUCAUAACCGUGACAGAGACACCCAAGUCUUUCUACUGGGUCUUGGUCUGAAUCAAAAAAACACCGACACCACACUGCAACUACAGGAACCUCUUUCUUUUUCCUACUCUGAUCAGGUGCUGCUGAGGGAGCAUUCAGUUUGGGUACAGAGCCAACCAAAUGACAGGUGAGGAAGUGUCACCACUAGCACAAGUCAACCCAAUUGACAAGGAAGCCUUCAAGUUGGGGUUCAUUGGGGCUGGUAACUUGGCAUCAAGUGUUGCAACCGGAUUGGUCAAGCAGGGGAUACUACCAGCUUCAAGAAUUUUCACUGCACACCGGAACCCGGAAAGCAGUGUGGAUUUUACAUCCAUGGGAAUUAAGGUUUUCCCGAAAAAUCAUCAGGUAGUUGAAGAGUGUGAUGUAAUCAUUUUCACAGUGAAACCUCAAAUACGUACGCCUUCUUUCGCUUGGUUUUCUUUUCCCGUCCAUAUUUGAAUAUGAAAUAUGGCACUCAUCUCUGCCAACUAAUGCUCUUAGCCUUUUACUCUCCUGUAAUAAUUUGACAUGCAUU